AUGCCGAGCGAAACCACCCUCGACACCGUCGAGUCCGAAAUUUAUGACAACCUCCUCUCCGACUCCUCUACAACCCUCGACGACCUCCACGCCAAUCUUCUCUUCUCCCUCCAACGCGCCGGCUGGGCCGAGCGCGUCCAAUCCUUAUCCCUAGAGCUUUUGCGCGCAGGUCGCUGUACACAUUUCGAUGACAUGGUCGACGUUGUUGUUACGCUUGCUACUGGUCAGACGCACCCCGUUGUACCGGAGGCCAACAGCAGUACAAAUGGUCAUGAUAAAGGCACCGCCGUGAAUGGCGCUGGUAAUGCGACGAACUCGGAGUCGUUUUUUAGGGACAUUGAUGUGCGGAUACCGAAGGAGAUUGUGGAACAGGGGGUCAGAUCGCUGAAGGACUCGUUAAGAUCAUUUGCUACGAUUGAGGAUGAUGAUGACGACGGGCCCGAACCGCACGACGAAAAAGAGCUUACGAAUGGCAAGGCUUCAAAGUCCGAGAAGAAGAAUAAAUCGAGCAGCAAUAAAGACUCGACCGGCAAUGGUAAUCCGAGCCCGACGAAGAAUGCGGCUGGAGGCAAGGAUAAGAAAUCUAAAUCUGGGAAAGAUGCCAAAUGA